GCGCAGACACAGAUUGGCUUGUCAAAGUACGCGAAACCACUCCCUUCAACUGCUAACUCCCUUCCUUUGAAUAGCAACCCAUCAGAAACCGUGUUUUAUAGACUUGAUUCCAGUACAUAAUAGUAAAAGUUAUUCAAUUAACCGUUUAAAUAGCAUUGGUUUCGUAUCCGCAAGGUGAGCGGUGAAAACUUUGAAGCACCCACUCAUUUGGAAUAGCCUACUAGACCGGAAAAUGGUUCUCAAAUCGGAAGACGGAGUCGUGCCAGAUGACCUCACCCCUGAGGAGCAGCAUGAGCUGGAAAACAUCCGCCGACGCAAGCAAGAGCUGCUGGAAGACAUUCAGCGUCUGAAGAAUGAGAUAGCAGAAGUGACCAGUGAGAUCGAGAACCUGGGUUCCACAGAGGAGAGGAAAAACAUGCAGAGGAACAAACAAGUGGCCAUGGGCCGAAAGAAAUUCAACAUGGACCCUAAAAAGGGGAUUAAGUUCCUGAUUGAGAACGACCUGCUUAAGCACACCAGCUCUGACAUCGCCCAGUUCCUGUACAAGGGAGAGGGGCUAAACAAGACCGCCAUCGGAGACUACCUUGGGGAGAGAGAUGAGUUCAACCUCCAGGUCCUCCAUGACUUUGUGGAGCUCCAUGAAUUUACCGACUUGAACCUGGUCCAGGCCUUGAGGCAGUUCCUGUGGAGCUUCCGGCUGCCUGGCGAGGCCCAGAAGAUCGACCGCAUGAUGGAGGCUUUCGCCCAGAGAUACUGCCAGUGCAACCCUGGCGUCUUCCAGUCCACAGACACCUGUUACAUCCUGUCGUUUGCCAUCAUCAUGCUGAACACCAGCCUCCACAACCCCAACGUGAAGGACAAGCCGGCCGUGGAGCGUUUCAUCUCCAUGAACAGAGGAAUCAACGAUGGAGGAGACCUUCCAGAGGACCUGCUCAGGAACCUUUAUGACAGCAUCAAGAACGAGCCCUUCAAAAUCCCUGAGGACGACGGGAACGAUCUCACACACACCUUCUUUAACCCAGACCGGGAGGGCUGGCUGCUUAAACUGGGGGGACGCGUCAAGACCUGGAAGAGAAGAUGGUUCAUUCUCACGGACAACUGUCUGUAUUACUUUGAGUACACCACUGACAAAGAGCCCAGAGGGAUCAUUCCACUGGAGAACCUCAGCAUCCGAGAGGUUGAGGACAAGAAGCCUAACUGCUUUGAACUCUUCAUCCCAGAGAACAAGGACCAGGUGAUCAAGGCCUGUAAGACGGAGGCGGACGGCAGAGUGGUGGAGGGGAACCACACCUUCUACAGGAUCUCUGCUCCCACCACCGAGGAGAAGGAUGAGUGGAUGAACAGCAUCAAAGCUGCCAUCAGCAGGGAUCCCUUCUAUGAGAUGCUGGCCACCCGCAAGAAGAAGGUCUCCUCCAUGAAGAGACACUAGAGCUGCUCAGGACUCCUCCUCUUCCCCCCGUUGAGAGAGUUUGGACCCAUCCUGCUGAGACCCUGAGACUUGUGUUUUCAGGCCUGGGGAUGGGGUUGGAGCAGGGGCUGCAGACUGGGGGUUGGGGCCUCUUGCCUCGGUCAGCAUUUCUCUGGGAUAGGCUCUAGCUUUGGGAUUCCACAGACCGACCAACAGGACAGGGUGCAUGCUGUCCUGCCUCCCCCUCCUUCUCUUCCCCCUGCUCCGGUCUCUGUGGCUGAAUGCUCUCCGUCUCUCUCUAAACUCUUUGCUGUGUGUAUUUUGGGAGAAAGGGGUCUAUCGCUUUCUGGGUAAAAUGGAUCCCCUCCCUCAAAAAGACAUGUGCACACACACCCAUACUCUCACACACACCAAUGUCGUACACUGAAGUCACACACACACACACACACACACACACACACACACACACACACACACACACACACACACACACACACACACACACACACACACACACA